AUGUUGAAAAGGCUGGGCCUCGUAGCCUUAAGUCCAUUGGCUCAGACUAGGUCGGCUAACCUAUACCACACAAUACCCGGAAACAGCAUUGCCAAAUCAAUUAGAGAGCGCAUUAAGAAUGAUAUUGUUACGUUGAAGAAAUCUCAUCCCAAUUUCAGCCCGACCUUGAGAAUUAUUCAAGUCGGGGACCGUGCAGACUCGACGACAUACAUUCGGAUGAAACAAAAAGCGGCCGAAAAUUGCUCUAUGGUUUCGAAGACGGAGCAUUUGCCUGCUGACAUUACAGAACAGUCUCUGCUACAGCGUAUAAAAAUUAUCAAUGAUGAUCCUGCCGUUGAUGCUCUAUUGAUUCAGCUACCACUCCCAAGUCACUUGAAUGAAGAAAGAAUAACCGAGGCAAUUGCCCCUAACAAAGAUGUGGACGGACUAACAAGUGCCAAUGUUGGACAAUUGACAAAAAAAUCUGGCAAGCCAAAUUUCUUGCCUUGUACUCCCGAUGGUAUCAUGCAACUACUAAAAACGGAGGGUGUACCUUUAAAGGGUAAAUUAGCUGUCGUCAUUGGACGUUCUGAUAUAGUCGGAGUCCCCAUUUCGACCAUGUUGAGAAACGCAAAUGCAACAGUAAUCAAUUGUCACAGCUCUACUGUUAAUCUAGAGAAGCUGAUAAGUAUGGCCGAUGUUGUUGUUGCAGCGUGCGGUAUCCCGAACUUUGUUAAGGGAGAAUGGUUAAAACCAGAUAGUGUUGUCAUCGAUGUUGGUAUUAACUAUAUCAAAGAUUCCACCAAGAAAUCUGGCUUAAAGCUGGUAGGAGAUGUUGAUUUUGAAUCUGCGAAAGAGAAGGCUUCGCUGAUCACCCCAGUUCCCGGUGGUGUUGGGCCAAUGACUGUUGCUAUGCUGAUGAACAAUGUUUACACUGCUGCGAAAAGAAAUAUGGAAGAGUGUAACAGCAUUAAAAUUCAACCUUUACCGUUAGUCACCAAGAAUGAACCAAUUCCUUCUGAUUUUUCUAUUUCGAAGAGCCAGAUACCGAAGCACAUCAGUUGUUUAGCCAAAGAAUUGAGAAUUCUCCCCAAAGAACUAGAAUUGUUUGGCGACUACAAGGCUAAAAUUUCUUUAUCUACACUUGACAGAUUAAAAUCCAAAGAGAAUGGUAAAUACAUCCUUGUUGCAGGGAUCACACCAACGCCCCUUGGCGAAGGUAAAUCCACAACAACUGUUGGACUCGUUCAGGCUUUGACCGCGCAUUUGGGUAAACCAUCCAUUGCUACGCUGCGUCAGCCCUCCAUGGGCCCCACUUUUGGCGUAAAGGGUGGUGCCGCAGGGGGAGGUUACUCACAAGUUAUCCCUAUGGACGAAUUCAACCUUCACCUGACGGGGGAUAUUCAUGCUAUUGGCGCUGCAAACAACUUACUAGCUGCGGCUAUUGACACGAGAAUGUUUCAUGAAUUGACCCAAAAGAAUGACUCGACUUUUUACAAAAGAUUGGUUCCAAAAAAGAAUGGCAAAAGAACAUUUACAUCUGCCAUGCUGAACAGACUCCAAAGGUUGGGUAUCAAUAAGACCGAUCCUGACACUUUAAAUGAGAAAGAAAUUAAUAAAUUUGCAAGACUGAACAUCGAUCCCGAGCAGGUCAUUGUUAAGAGAGUUGUGGAUGUGAAUGAUCGCAUGCUGAGAAUGAUAACCAUAGGUCAAGCACCAACGGAAAAGGGCAUAACCAGGAAAACAGGGUUUGACAUUACUGUUGCUUCCGAGUUGAUGGCAAUCCUGGCUUUAUCCAAAGAUCUGAAGGAUAUGAGAAGAAGGAUCGGUCGUAUGGUUGUUGCUUUCGAUACAAAGAAUGACCCAAUUACUGCCGACGACAUAUGCUGUGCGGGUGCCGUGACUGCUUUACUGAAGGAUACUAUCAAACCAAACAUGAUGCAGACCUUAGAGGGUACCCCGGUGCUUGUCCAUGCCGGUCCCUUUGCAAACAUAUCUAUUGGUGCCUCUUCAGUUAUAGCUGAUCGUAUUGCGUUGAAACUAGUUGGUAAAGAAAAGGACAGCACCACUGAGACAGGGUACGUCGUCACGGAGGCCGGAUUUGAUUUCACGAUGGGUGGUGAAAGAUUUUUAAAUAUCAAGUGUCGGUCCUCUGGACACCACCCUGAUGCUGUUGUCCUAGUAGCUACAGUCAGAGCGAUUAAAUCUCACGGGGGUGCCAGUAAUGUGAAACCGGGGCAAUCAUUACCGGAAGAAUAUGUUACCGAGAGUGUGGACUUGGUUAAGGCAGGUGUUGCUAAUCUGGUCAAGCAGAUUCAAAACGUUAAGCUGUACGGUAUCCCCGUGGUGGUGGCUAUCAACAAGUUUGAAACAGAUACAGACAAGGAGGUGGACGUGAUCAAAAAGGCAUCCAUCGAUGCCGGUGCUUCGGAUGCUGUUGUAUCCAACCACUUUGCUGAGGGUGGGAGAGGUUCCGUUGAAUUAGCUCAUGCCGUUAUUGAUGCCGCUGACGAACCUUGUGAUUUCAAACACUUGUACGACACGGAGUCCUCAAUUGUGAGUAAAGUGGAAAGCAUCGUUACCAAGAUGUACGGUGGAGCCGGAGUAGCGAUAUCCCCUGAGGCUCAGAGAAAGAUCGAUAUGUAUGAGAGACAAGGUUUCCAUAACCUUCCAAUCUGUGUGGCGAAGACCCAAUACUCGCUGUCACACGAUGCAACUUUGAAGGGUGUCCCCACUGGGUUUACUUUCCCGAUCAGAGACGUCAAAGUUUCAACGGGUGCUGGUUACAUUCAAGUCUUGGCCAACGAGAUGCAAACUAUACCGGGUCUUUCCACGAACGCUGGUUACAUGAAUGUGGAGGUGACUGACGAUGGGGAGAUUCAAGGUUUAUUUUAA